GGUCGGCAGAGGAGGUGGGACAUGGUGUCAGCGCACUCCAGCGUGGGGAUCAUUCUGUACCACAGGCAGCUGCACUCGCUGCUGCUGGUGCGCCAGUUCAGGCCGGCGGUGUAUGCCUCGCGCUGGAUGGAGGCCGAGGCGGAGGGCCGGCCGCAGCCGCCGCUAAGCGCCGGGUUCACCUUUGAGCUGUGCGCAGGCAUCAUCGACAAAACCAAAAGCCUGGAAGACAUCGCUCGCGAGGAGGUGGAGGAGGAGUGUGGCUUUGUGGUGCCGGUGGAGGCGGUGAGGCCGGUGACAAUGUAUGUGUCAUCCACGGGCAUCUCCGGUUCCAAGCACCACAUGUUCUGCGUCGACGUGGACGACUCCAUGCGCACCAGCGGCGGCGGCGGCCUCCAGGACACAGGGGAGGCGAUAGAGGUGCUCGCGCUGCCAUUGGACAAGGCCCAGGAGUUCAUGGACGACCAUUCGCUAGCCAAAUCAGCAGGGCUUCUGUUUGGGCUCCUGUGGCUUUGCACAAACAAAGCACUCUCUGGCACUGCCAGUGAUAUAUAUUCAAUAUCAAGUUGA